AUGGCAGCCGAAGUACAAUUGAGGAUGGCAUCCAACCCACCUGGCCCGUGUUGCUUCGUCGGCUUUAAGCACGAUGGUACACCAUCCGGGUCUAUUCGAAAUGUUCAUGGCGGCUUUUCUAAUUUGGAAAUGACAGUGAGGACGUAUGUCGCAGAGCCGAAGGAAGGACUUCGAAACAAGGGAGCAGUACUACUGUUAAGCGAUGUUUUUGGAUUGCGCCAGAAUAGCCAGCUCUUGGCCGACGACUUUGCCUCUAAUGGAUAUUUAGCUGUACUGCCCGAUCUCCUGGAUGGCGAAUCGCUCCCACUGGACGUUUUUCAGACUGGCUCUGUCAACAUUCCUGCCUGGGCUUUACGACACGGUGUUGAACAGGUAGAUCCUAUUGUGGAUAGCACAAUCAAGUUCAUGCGUGAGGAGAUGGGUGUGGAGAAGAUCGCGGCUGCCGGAUAUUGUUUCGGUGCAAAGUACACGGCUCGCUUUCUUAAGGCUAAGAAAAUAGACGUGGGAUAUGUUGCGCACCCCUCUUACAUCACAUUCGAGGAAUUGGAGUCCAUUGAGAACCCGCUUUCCAUUACGGCCGCUGAACAGAGGCUCGCUUUGGGGAAAAAAGUAUAUCAGAUAAAUCUUUUCAGCGGCGUUGCUCAUGGGUUUGCUGUUCGCGGUGAUCUUAGUAUCGCGGCCAAUAGGUGGAGUAAAGAACAAGCUUUGCUGCAGGCGUUGGCGUGGUUUGAAUACCAUCUCUAG